CUUCCGGUUUCCGGUGGCCGCACCGCCUCCCUCCGAAGCUUAGGGAUACGCCCUCUAGAGAGCUCGCCGUCGCCCUCUUUUCAGCCUCGAACUCCUCAGAGUUGUUCCGGAGUAACUCCAGCCCAACAUUCCCUGCUCUGGUUCUCGCCCCUUGGAGGACCCCAGCCCCACACUGCCCACUUUCCUGGAUGUGCUGGCCCCUUCCACCCCUCUAAAAUGCCCAAUAACCUCCAGGGGGUCUUCCUGAAAGCCGCAGAGGAAAAGUCAGGCAACGCCUCGCAUUGAUCCAGAAUGAGAUGGCAUCAACAUUAGGAAAAGUUAUUCAAGAAAGAAAUGACAAGAAAAAUUCUCAAGGAAGAAACACUAAGGCAUCAUAUGUGAAGACUGAUGCUGAAUUUAAAAAGAUAUUUGGUCUCACUAAAGAUUUGAGAGUGUGCCUUACUCGGAUUCCUGAUCGUUUGGGCUCUGGAGAAGCUUUUAAUACUUUUAGAAGUUUGGUGAAGAGUGAAAAAGACACAGAGUUUAUAGUGAAGGAGAAAGACAGAAAACAGGGUUUUGAUAAGAAAAGAAGAGCAAAAAACAUUAAGAAGAUGGAUUACACAAAAAAGAAGAAAACUGAGAGUGCUUAUAACACAACUGUAAAUGGAGGAACUAAUGUCACCAAUUCCCAACUCAUUAGCAGUAUUUUACCAACUUUAGAUGUAUCACACCAUAACAUUCUUACAAGCUGCAACAAAACCAGAGAAGAAAAGAGAACUGAAAUAGGACACUGUACCCUGGAGAACCAGGAAAAAGGCACAUUGAGUUCAAAUGCAGAUUUUGAACAAAGUCAGUCCUUUAAUAAAAAUUAUACUGAAGAUAUUUUUCCCAUGACACCACCAGAGUUAGAAGAAACCAUUCGAGAUGAAAAAAUAAGAAGACUUAAGCAGAUGCUGAGAGAGAAAGAAGCAGCCCUGGAAGAAAUGCGGAAGAAGAUGCACCAAAAAUAAUAAAAUGUUGCUACACUUGAAGACUUCAAUGAAUUGGUUGUGUUUUUACCAUAUUUUUUGCAUUGUUAAUUAUAGAUGCUUUUGAAAGUGUUUUUGAAUAUGAAAUUUGUUUUUUCUUCAGUCGAUUAUAAAGUUUUAUUUAAGGAAUACAGAAAAGAUUGAUUCAAUAUGACUGUUGAAUAAUUUACAUGGGGUAUCUGAAUCUUUGUCGAGACCUUUUUUUGGAAGGAAAAUUUUUCUAUUUUUCUGUUAUUUUAACUAGAGUUCCCCAAGUUUGAA